AUGGAUUUUAUCUCUCGGUCGGCAUCAUUGUCGCCGAAUGAUCCGGUGAAUUGGACUGAGAAGGUGUUUGCCUUUUCCGGGAGCAUAAUGUUCAGAACAGCUUACGGCAAGUCGUUCCGUGGAAGCGAGUUUGAUCGUGGUAAGUUCUACGAAUUGAUUAACGACGCCGAGACGGUGGCCGGACCUUUUUGCUACGACAAAUGCUUCCCGGGAUUCGGCUGGAUUAUGGACUGGAUAAGUGGUCAUAAAGGAAGAGUGGACAGAGUUUUCCGUAAGUUGGAUUCGCUGUUUCAACAGUUGAUCGAUGAUCAUCGUAAACCUGGAAGAACAAAGCAUGGUGACGACAUUAUCGACGUGAUGCUCGGAAUUCAAAAGAAACAAAUCGAGGAACACGGCCAUGCUUGGAUCACUAAAAAUCACAUCAAAGCAGUUCUCUUGAACAUGUUCUUGGGCGGCAUCGACACCAGCGCGCUUACUGUAAUAUGGGCAAUGGCGGAUCUUAUGAGAAAACCACCAUUGAUGAAGAAAGCACAAGCUGAAGUCCGAAUGAUCGUGGGGAAGAAGAAAGGAAGAGUACCGGAAACCGAUGUCGAUCAACUUCAUUACGUUAAGCUGAUCAUCAAAGAAACUCUAAGAUUGCAUCCUCCGGUGCCGUUGCUGCUUCCAAGAGAAUCAAUUUCACACUUCAAAAUCAACGGCUUCAACAUAUAUCCCAAAACACUCAUCCAAGUCAAUGCUUGGGCCAUCGGAAGGGACCCAAAGUACUGGAAAAACCCAGAAGAGUUCUCCCCGGACAGGUUUCUCAAUGAUUCCAUGGAUUCCAAGCGCUUUGAGUUAUUGCCAUUUGGAGGUGGCGGAAGAGGGUGUCCGGGGGUGUACAUGGGAACCGUUACAUCGGAGCAUUUGCUCGCAAAUCUCUUGUAUUGUUUCGAUUGGGAUUUGCCGGAUGGGACAAAAGAAACGGAUGUUAACAUGGAAGAACAGACUGGUCAGUGCCUUACCCUCUAG